AUGAUGGAAGUUUGCGUCAACAACAACAGCUCGACGCCGGCCUUCGAAUGGUCCGGAUGUCAGCCUGCUCAGCCGAGCACCGCACGUCCAAAACGGGAUUUCCGAUUCCAAGUGAUCGAAGUCCGGCAAUGCCCGAAAUGGUUCAUUUGGCCGAAUCGUAACCGUCGCAAUGAAGAGGAAGUUGACGAGAACCAUAAUAAGGAGACAAAAACAGUCGGAUUGGAAAACGAGUACCAACAACCGAACUAUAGCAAUCAAAAUCAGUUUGCUACCUAUUCGUCGACGCAAAACGGCUACGGUGCGAUACGACGGAAUGUGUUGCGUGGCUCGAAACGCUUGCAAAUGGAGAAAGAAGGAAUCCCUGGCCGUACGGCAUCCGAGCCAGCAAGGCGGCUCUCGGCGAAAAAGGACAAGGCAACCACGGAGCCGAUAUCGCAGGGCAGUCCUUCGAACACGUUCAAGAUCCUGUCGAUCGCGAAGAAAUGGGAGAGUUUCGACGCGACCGACGACGAAUCAGAUGAUGUGGCGACGUCCUGUGCUCAGAUGGUUAUCGCUGACACGGACCGUCGAUGGACGGCUAACUAA